UAUUUGUUUCAGUGUACCUAUAUUACUUAUUUUUCAUACUUAAUUUUAAAGCUACGCUAUGACGGAACAACAGAUGGACUGUGCCCUGGACUUGAUGAGGAGGUUACCUCCUCAGCAAAUUGAGAAGAAUUUAACAGACUUAAUCGACCUAGUUCCGAGUUUGUGCGAGGACCUUUUAUCGUCUGUGGACCAACCGCUCAAAAUUGCUCAGGACAGAAGCAACGGAAAAGAUUAUUUACUGUGCGAUUACAAUCGUGACGGGGACUCGUAUAGGUCGCCGUGGUCUAACACCUAUGAUCCACCUCUAGAAGAUGGCUCCAUGCCAUCAGAAAGAUUAAGGAAGUUGGAAAUUGAGGCCAAUCAUGCUUUUGAUCAAUACAGAGAGAUGUACUUUGAAGGUGGCGUCAGCUCUGUCUAUCUCUGGGAUAUGGAUCAUGGUUUUGCAGGUGUGAUUUUAAUAAAGAAAGCAGGCGAUGGAUCUCAAAAAAUCAAAGGCUGCUGGGACUCCAUUCAUGUGGUUGAAGUUGUCGAGAAGAGUUCUGGCCGCAACGCACACUACAAGCUGACUUCCACCGCAAUGCUGUGGCUGCAAACCAAUAAAGAAGGGAGUGGUACCAUGAACCUUGGAGGCAGUCUGACUAGACAGGCUGAACAAGACACAGCUGUUAGUGAUGUGACGCCCCACAUCGCGAACAUUGGCCGCAUGGUGGAAGACAUGGAGAAUAAGAUCAGGAACACAUUGAAUGAUAUUUAUUUUGGUAAAACGAAGGACAUAGUGAACGGCCUCCGCUCCACCGUGCCCGCGAACGUGGCGCGGCAGAAGGCGGCGCUGCAGCACGACCUCGCGGAGGCGCUGCUGCAGCGCCGGCAGGUCACGCGCGCCGAAUGAGACACAGUACACACGGAUGAUUUGGAGUUUUUGGGUUAAAAACUAACAACGACGAUAGAAGUUCAAGAUGGAAUUAUUAGUAAUAUUAUGUAAAAAUUUAGUAAACAAAUAUUAUUUGUAUGCAUCCAAUAUGGUGCUUAUACAUAUAGUCCAUAUUAUUUUAACAUUGUAACAUCUGUAUAUAAAAAUACUGAAAUUGGCUGUUCUAUUAUCAUGCAUAAAUUACUUAUAAGGAAAAUAAUUUCAUUCAAUUGAUGUAAGCGUCUAAUGAAACUAACAUGUCGGCUCAAACAAUUUUUAAGAUUGAUAUUUUUGGCCAAUGUAUGUAAUUUAAAUAUUAGAAAAAUGUGAUUAAACGUAAACUUAGAAUUGUUAGCCCAAACUAUAUCCAUUUCAUUUAUUGCAUUUACACUUCAUUAUUUGUAUUGUAAAGUAGAAAACUUAUUUAAAAAGUAAGAAAUUCACUACAUAAUAUAAUAUUAUCUUGUUUUAUUUUAAUACAAUUAACUAUGAUGUAUGAAAAGGAAGUUGUAAUCUUUCUUGUUGCAAUAGUUUUAAUUGGCCUCUCUAAAUAAAUAUUUAUUUAUCUGAAA